CAUGGCCACCGACGGUGGCCCGCAGCACACGCCGCUCUUCAUCGGCUGCCUCCUCACCGGUGUCAUCUUCGCACCCUUCAACCCUUCCUUCGAUGACGAUGAGACACGCCACGUACUGGGAUUUCUGCGGCCACGUGUGCUGAUUGCCGAAAAAUCGAAGCCGUUGUACGAGAGGUUGACGCCCCUCGUGGUCAGCUACGACGAGGUGGACGCAUGGUUCUCGGACAGCUCUGUCGAAGAUGCAGACCCAGAGGUGGAAGAGGCUCCAGCGCUGGACUCUCCAGCCAUUAUCCUCUGCUCGUCUGGCACCACGGGCUAUCCAAAGGGGGUCGAGGUUUCACACAGGUCACUGCUACAGUUGGUGGCGAUUGCGACUGAUCAACGGAUGCUGAUGUGGCUAGAGGGUUCGUUCUUGCUGCCAACUCCAGCUUUCUGGAUUUCUGUCACAAUGUUGCUUCUCAUGUCGAUUAACGCUGGAAAAAAAGUACUUCUCAUGGGCAAAUUUGACGAACAGUUGUUUCUAAAGGUGUUACGUGAACACCAGGUGUUCAUUUCAAACUGUACUGUGGACUGUGAUGGAUGCUACUCGCCGAAAUUGCAGUCAGCUCAAGAUGGAUAA